AUGGAGACUGUCAAGAACGCCGCCAACUACGUCGCUGAGUCUGUUCAGGGAGCUACUUCUGGCGUUUCCAAGGAGGCCAACAAGGAAGUUGCUAAGGACUCCGAUGCCAAGAUCUCCACCCGUGCCUCCGCUGCCAAGGACGCUCUCGGUGACAAGUUCGAUGAGUCCAAGCACGACACCAAGGCUGAUGUCCACAAGGAGGCUGCUAAGCACUAA